AUGGUCGGCCACGGCUGUCGUAUUUUUGCCGUCAGUACUCGUACCACCCCGGCUAACAAAGAACAGAGGGAGAGGAAUCGUGUGUGUCUGUAUGUAUGUGCGAACGGGGAUCCACCCACGGGAAUGACUGACCUUUAUUGGGGUAAAAAAUGCGAUUGCUGGCCGUCGGCUUCUCUUACACCUACACACAGGCGCGCGCGGAGUAGCGGUAGUACAGAAGUACUGGAGGGAGAGGAAGUAGUGUGGGCGCGGCGGCAAACGGAAGGAAGAGGGAAAAACGAAAGAGGGAGGGAGUUGAGGUGGAGCGAAGGAAUGGAGUCCAGUCGGGUAAGAGGGUCAGGCAGAGUGGGGACUGGAGAGAUUUGGGGGAGAGAGAGAGAGAGAAAAGCAGAGCAAGGUAGGGAUGAAAAGCCGCCAGCCGAUAUCCACCAUGCAGAGGGAGGAACCCAGCAGGGUUGGUUGGUUGGUUCUGGAGCCGAAGUAGCGUGUGGCCCAGGGUCGGGGCACCGGACCGGCAACGGAAGGCUAGAGAAGGGGAUUUUCGGUUGUGGGGAAGGGGAGAGGGGAAGUCAGAAUGCAAUGACAAAGAAAGAAGAAGAAGAAGAGGGGAAGAAGGAGAGGAAAUGUAGAAAAGGAAGCAGAGGAAGCUCGUGA